CCAAAUUCUCUAGUACUUCUCAACAACUAUGGAUUAAUGGAAUAUUCCCAGAAUUACAUGUAAAUCCACGGCAACGAUUCUGCAGAAGGUCUCCAUCAUAGUGCUAUAUAAAUGUUUGAAUUGACUGCCAUCCUCAAACAGCCAAAACAAAAGUCAAGAAUAGGAGCUGCGAAAGGGAGGGACUCCAUGGCUUCAGCUCUGGCAGGUCUUGUUCCUUUAAGUUUCCUGCUCCUGCUGGUUGGCUGUGCUUCAAGGCCUCUUUACCCACUUCCUGGCAAAAGAUAUGAUGGAAGCAAAAAACCAUUACAGACUUUUCGCCCUUACAACCUUGCACAUCGAGGUUCAAACGGAGAAUUUCCUGAGGAAACAGCUGCUGCAUAUAUGAGAGCCAUUGAGGAGGGUGCUGACUUUAUAGAAGGUGACGUCCUAGCCUCCAAAGAUGGUGUUCUCAUAAUGCAACAUGAUGUAACACUUGAUGAUACUACAGACAUUGCUGAACACAAGGAGUUUGCAAAUAGGAAGAGAGCCUGUAACGUUCAAGGCACAAACACAACCGGCUUUUUCCAUUUUGAUUUUACACUGGAAGAGCUGAAGUCAUUGGGUGUUAAGCAAAGAUAUCCUUUCCGGGAUCAACAAUACAACAGAAAAUUUCCUAUCAUUACAUUUGAGGAGUUCAUAUCUAUAGCACUAGAUGCCCCCAGAGUUGUAGGAAUUUACCCAGAGAUAAAAAAUCCUGCAAUGGUCAACCAAUAUGUGAAGUGGCCAGGUGGUAAGAAAUUUGAAGACAAGUUUGUUGAGACACUCCAUAAGUAUGGAUACAGGGGAGAGUAUAUGUCAAAGCAAUGGUUGAAACAGCCAGCAUUUAUUCAGUCCUUUGCUCCAACAUCUCUGAUUUAUGUAUCAAACCUGACUGACUUGCCAAAAGUCUUCCUAAUUGAUGACAUAACUAUACCUACACAGGAUACCAAUCAGUCAUACUGGGAAAUCACUUCUGACAAAUAUCUCAACUUCAUCAAGAAUUAUGUGAUGGGUAUUGGACCUUGGAAGGAUACAAUAGUAUAUGUAUCGGAGAAUUAUUUGCAGCUACCUACUGAUCUUGUUGCGAGAGCACAUGCUUUAAACCUUCAGGUGCACCCCUACACUUACCGCAAUGAGAACCAAUUCUUGCAUUUCAACUUCAGCCAAGAUCCAUAUAAGGAAUAUGAUUACUGGAUUAAUACGAUUGGAGUGGAUGGACUCUUCACAGACUUUACAGGCAGCCUCCACCAGUAUCAGGAAUGGACUACACCUUCCCCAUCUGGAGAGAAAAGUGCAACUAAACUACUUGAUAAGAUUGGAUCGAUGAUCUCUAAGUAUAGAAAUCCCCAGACAUAGAUUACUAAUUUCGUUUCUUCUCCUCCUCUUAAUUCCUUGGGAGGGGCUGACAUUUUUACUUAGCUGAUAUUAUUUCUCAGUGUUGCAACUAUCGUCUUCGAGUUACAUCAGAUUAAGGCCUUGGCUUUUGUAGUUGCUUUUUGUUUAAUAAAAGAUAUUUUCAGCUCCUAUUGCUGGUUUAAAGUUU